AUGGAUCAGAACGGAGGCGCACUCGAUAGCGCCCACAAAGCGGAUCCCGCCGAGCCCAAUGACCCGCGACAAUUUGUUCCGGAACGCGCCGAGUCUCUUCCGCCGCACCUUCUUCCUUCCGUGAUCGAAGUGCCCGUCACACCGGAUAUUACAGAGACCCACGGCCGGCCAGAUGGCGAUGACAUUGGUGAAGCAGGGCACAAGUCCGAGCCUGGCUACUUCUCCAGGCAUGAUGUCGACCAUGCCAUUGCCGCAUCGCCCGGCCCAGAUUCCACAAACCUCGAAGGCCAAUCCUUCCAGAACAAGAUCGACAUCGGUGCAAAGGAGGGGAGCGACUUUAUGCGGCGCGUGAGCGUCGCAGUCAUGGGCAGUCCUACCAACACCGCUCCCGGCACCGUCCCCGGCCCAGAGAUUAGCACCCCAUCUCGGGUUUCCAUGUCCGAUAUUCGAGCUAUUAGCCCGGACCUGGCGCUCACUGGGAACAUCAUCUCGGCUACGUUCAACAUCCCCCACUCCCUGAAAUACCGCAAGGGUGCCGACUGGACGGUCCCGGUCUGGCUGGCGGAUGAUGUGGAGGGACACGACGAUGGCAUCCGGCUGAAGGACCAGGCGCGAUGGAGGCGCUAUGCCGAGCACGAGCUCUACACCCUCUUCCACUAUAAGCAGCACGAGCCGACCGAUGGGCGCGCCGAGCGCGUACAGUGGGCCGACUACUUCCGCAUGAACCAGAAGUUCGCCAGCAAGAUUCUCGAGGUCUACAAGCCCGGCGACAUCGUUAUUGUCCACGACUUCAACCUGAUGCUCCUCCCGAGCAUGCUGCGACAGCGCGUCCCUCACAUCUACAUCUCCUUUUUCCUGCAUUGCCCCUUCCCAAGCAGCGAGUUCCUCCGUUGCCUCUCGCGUCGCAAGGAGGUCUUGGAGGGUGUACUCGGCGCGAACCUGGUCGGCUUCCAGAGCUACAGCUACUCCCGCCACUUUGCCAGCUGCUGCACGCGCAUCCUGGGCUUUCCGUCGGACAGCUCGGGGGUGGAUGCCUACGGCUCGCGCGUCGAAGUUGGCGUCUUCCCGAUCGGCAUCGACGCUACUAAGGUCGCUAGCCUCGCGUGGACAGACUCGGUCACCGAGAAGUACAGGGCUCUCAAGAGCAUGUACGCCGGUAAGAAACUCAUUGUGGGCCGCGAUCGCCUGGACAGCGUUCGUGGAGUCGCGCAGAAGCUCAUGGCUUUCGAGCGCUUCCUUGAGAUGUUCCCUGAGUGGCGCGAUAAGGUGGUGUUGAUCCAGGUCACUUCUCCCACUAACAUUGAGGAGGAGAAAGAAGACGCCGAAAAUAAGAUUUCGACGCGCGUCAACGAGCUAGUCAUGAAGAUUAAUGGCGCCUACGGCUCGAUUGGCUUCUCACCUGUCUUGCACUACCCCCAGUACAUCAGCCAGGAUGAAUACUUUGCCCUGUUGCGGGCUGCUGAUAUCGGCCUCAUCACCUCGGUGAGGGAUGGGAUGAAUACUACGUCACUGGAAUACGUCAUCUGCCAGCGCCAGUCAGCUGGACCACUGAUUCUCUCCGAGUUUAGCGGCACCGCCGGUUCUCUCAAAGACGCCAUCCACAUCAACCCGUGGAAUCUCACCGAGGUCGCUGAGCAGAUCAACCAAGCGUUAACCAUGCCUCAUACCAGACGCCAAGCCAUGGAGCAGAGCCUCCUGUCCCACGUCACGAGCAAGAAUGUGCAAUACUGGAUCGCCGGCUUCCUGCGCCGCCUGGUUACUGUCCUCGGCAGCCGGAAGAACGUGACGGCCACACCCCUUCUUGACCGGUCAGCCAUGCUCCGCAAGUACCGCGCUGCCAAAAAGCGCCUCUUCAUGUUCGACUACGACGGUACCCUAACCCCCAUCGUCCGGGAGCCCAGCGCCGCCAUCCCCUCGGAACGCGUUAUCAACAGCUUGAAAGCGCUUGCUUCGGAUCCUCGGAACGCCGUCUGGAUCAUCUCUGGUCGGGACCAAGACUUUUUGACUCAGCACCUCGGCCACAUCACUGAGCUCGGCUUCAGCGCCGAGCAUGGCAGCUUCAUGAAGCACCCUGGCGCGACCGAGUGGGAGAAUCUUGCCGAGAAAUUCGACAUGGGCUGGCAGAAGGAGGUUCUCGAGGUGUUCCAAACGUACACCGAUAGGGUGCAGGGCUCCUUCAUCGAGCGGAAGCGGUGUGCCCUGACCUGGCACUACCGCCUCGCCGACCCCGAUCAGGGUCUUCACAUGUCGCGCGAAUGCCACCAAGAGCUCGAGAACACAGUCGGGCGCAAGUGGGACGUCGAGGUCAUGGCAGGCAAGGCCAACCUCGAGGUCCGCCCCACCUUUAUCAACAAGGGCGAGAUCGCCAAGAGGCUCGUCAACACAUACAACGCCGAGCUGCGCGCCGCUGCCGCCGCGGCUGGCAAUGGCUCGACCGGCGAGGACGCACUUCCGAAUAAGAUCGACUUCGUCCUGUGCCUAGGCGACGACUUCACGGACGAGGACAUGUUCCGCGCGCUGAACGGCCUGUCGCAGCCCGGCGACGGGCAGGCCGAAGCCGACAUCGAAGAGGACGACUGCUUCACCGUCACGGUGGGCGCGAGCACCAAGGUCACGCUCGCCCGCUGGCACUUACUCGAACCUGAGGACGUCAUCGAGUGCGUGGCGCUCCUUGCUGGGGUCGGGGGGAGUGGCACGGGAUCGACCAGCGGUGGCGUGCUGAGCAUGGGCGAGGUCAACCUGGCCGCGCUGAGCGCCGUGGAGGACCACAUCCCCGGUCCCCUGUGA